AUGAAAGAAACACACAUCAAAGCAAACAGUUUCCUAAAGCUAGUGUGUGAGUACUUAUCUCCCAAGGUCAAGGAUGGACGUUGGAUGGUUGCUGCCGGUAUGUCACUCAUAUACGCGACCACGAAGGGUAACAGGGAAUUUGUGGUUGAGAUGAUCAAAUCUAACCCUCAUCUUCUACGGGAUUUUCAGGCUGAUUACAAAAAUAUCUUUCAGUUGUCUGUCCAAAAACGAAACUCGAAAAUAUUCAGCCUUAUUUAUGGGAUGGGUGAUAGAAAAAUAAUAUUGCUUAGUGAGCAAGACAAUGUUAACAACACGGUUCUUCACGUUGCUGGAGCUCUAUCACCUUCCGAUGAACUCUCUAAGGUUUCUGGGGCUGCUCUCAAGAUGCAAAGAGAAAUUCAAUGGUACAAGGAAGUGGAGAGCCUAGUGCCAGUAGUAACAGCAUCAUUAUACAAUCUAGAAGUCGUGACGCCACGUCAGGUAUUCGAAAAAGCUCAUGAACCACUCCGGAAAGAAGCAGAGGAAUGGAUGAAAUACACUGCAUCUGCGUGUAGCUUCGUCGCUGCUCUCAUUGCAACGGUUACAUUCCAAGCCAUAUUUACUGUCCCUGGAGGUACAGACGAAUCUUCUGGGGACCCUCUCCAUCUAACAGACUCUCGCUUCAUGAUCUUCACAGUCGCCGACACACUAUCUUUCUUCUCCUCCUGUACCUCGGUCGUCAUAUUUCUCACUAUCCUCACCUCGAGAUACUCUUUUGAUGACUUCCUUAUCUCACUACCCAGAAAGAUGAUUCUGGGUCUCUCCAUUAUGUUCUUCUCUAUAGCAGCUAUGCUUGUAGCCUUCUCCACUGCGCUUUUCACGAUGCUACGCAAGAUGCCACUGCUUGUGAUUCCUGUAUUGCCACUAGCUUGCCUCCCCGCCGCUCUCUUUGUGCUGCUCCAGUAUCCUCUUCUCGGGGAGAUGAUUUCUUCUACAUAUGGAAACCGUCUCUUCAAACGUGACACCAAACCUUGGUUCUGA